UGAGGAGACUUGCCAGGUUGAAGUGAAAGGAAAAGACAAAUGGUUUCCAUGGCAAGAUCAGGAAGGACGAUCAAGAACCCUUUCAUGAGUCCAACUCCAAGGUCUUUAUGUCAGUUUUUCUCAGUCUCACCACGAACUUCACUCUUUUCUACCGAGAAGACAUUACCACCCCUCUCUAUCUUCAUCCUUUGUUUCCUAGUUUCUUUCACUUUCUUGGGAAUUUCCAUUGUCAGGUUCUUUCCCAGUUCCCAAGAUUCAAUCCAAUGCUCCAUCGUAUCUCCAACAUCCCCAUCUUCAUCCCCUUCUUUGUCACCUUCAUACUCUCAGAUUAUCUUGGCAGCUUUACUUUCCGGUAUCAACUCUUACAAUGACAAUGAACCGAGUGUUGGGAGCACAGCGAUGGUGCCAUUACCAGUUCAUGUGGUUCCUGGGAGCUUAUCUGAUGAAGAAAAGGAGUUCUGGAAGCAGCCAGAUGGAAAAGGGUACCAGCCUUGCUUGGAUUUCAGUAUAGGGUACCGGAAAAGGUCUGCCAAGAUUUCAAAGGAGAAAAACAGGUUCUUGGUUGUGGUGGCUGUAGGAGGAUUGAAUCAGCAGAGGAAUCAGAUUAUUGAUGCCGUUGUUAUAGCUAGAAUUCUUGAAGCAGCGUUGGUUGUGCCAAUCUUGCAGAUAAACCAUAUUUGGAAAGAUGAAAGUGAAUUUCCAGACAUAUAUGAUGUGGAACACUUGAAGAAGACUCUACAAGCUGAUGUUCGAGUUGUAUCUUCACUGCCCUCCACACAUUUGGUGGCGAAACAGACCAUUGUAACCCGAAUUCCUUACAAUGUGCCUCCACUUUGGAUCCGUGCUAAAUUCUUCAAACAACUCAGUCAAGAAGGUGUUCUUGUACUAAAAGGGUUAGACUCUAAGCUCUCCAAGAAUCUUCCCCCUGAUCUACAGAAGCUUAGGUGUAAGGUAGCCUUCCAUGCAUUAAGAUUUGCCAGGCCAAUUCUUCGGCUUGGGAAUCAGCUUGCGAGGAGAAUGUGGAUUGAAGGACCGUAUAUCGCCCUUCAUCUCCGGCCGGAGAAAGAUGUGUGGGUCAGAACUGGAUGUCUCACUGGUUUAGGCCCUGAAUAUGACAGAAUUAUCACCCAGAUUCAGAAGUCUCAGCCCCAGUAUCUCACUGGAAGAGUGAACAUGAGCUAUGCUCAACGACGGCUCUCUGGACUGUGCCCCCUAAAUGCAUUAGAGAUGGCAAGGCUUUUAAAGGGUUUAGGGGCACCAAGAAAUGCUCGAUUUUACAUUGCUGGAGGAGAGCCAUUUGGUGGCACCAAAGCUUUGCAGCCACUUACUGCAGAAUUUCCAAAUUUGGUGACGAAGGAGAUGUUGGCAAGCGAAGGAGAACUCUUGCCAUUCCUCAACAGCUCCUCUGCUCUAUCUGCGCUUGACUACGUAGUCUCGUUCAACAGCGACCUCUUUAUACCUUCCCAUGGUGGAAACAUGGGCCAAGCCUUACAGGGACACCGUACCUAUAUGGGCCAUAGGAAAUGUAUAAGGCCAAACAAAAGAACAAUGCUUCCUUUCUUUGAAGACCCCUCCAUUUCUGAUGAAGAAUUCAGUAUCAUUAUAAGAUCAUUGCACGAUAUAUCUAUGAAGCCUGAGCCAGAGAAGAAAGAGAAAGACGAAGAUGUACUUGCAUAUCCAGUGCCUGAAUGCAUGUGUCGACACGGUACAGCUGUUUUCUGAACAGCUCAAUGUAGUAUAGAUUUGAUUGUAGAAAAUCUGAAAAGCAUUUGCUGCUUUUUCUUUACACUAAAAUCCUGUAUAGCAUUUUGUUCAUUCUAUUUUCAUGGUGUCUAACAGUAAUUGGCUAAGCCAUUCAAUCUUUGCUGUUUAGUUAGAGCAUGAUCCAGUUUCCAUCUUGUCCAACGUUAUCAAAGAAUCCUGAGCAUAAUGAUACCGUUCCAUUUGUGUCUUGAUCUAUCUUUUCCAAGAAAUUUAGAAGCAGAUUUUUCUUUUCUUAAAUACAUAUAUUUAGUAAGUUACAUAGUCAUUGUUGAAAAAUAUAGCAACUAUUGGAAUGGUAUUAAGAAAGGAAUG